UGUGCAACCUUUCCCACUGACCAUGUAUGCAUAAUAGUCAGUGGAUACAAACAUGUGUCUUUGCAGUGCGUCUAUGCUCCCAGCGUCUCCGUAAAGUUUCCACUCUCCUCUGGAAUAUUUCAGUGUUUCCCAUGCAUGGGAUAAAGAGAAAAUUCCUGCGCCUGGGCUAUAUUUAGUCCCGCCGGGAUGCCUCUCCCCUCGCCCGCCUUUAAAAGGAAAAGCAUCAGGAAUGUGUUGGUGACAACAAACGCUGCUUGAACUACAGGCACAGGCGGAAAUACAUACAAGACGCUCCAGGAAUUGCUCAGCAAAGAGGGUGGCAAAGCCUCCAAAGAGACAAGAGCCGAGGAUUUGGAGAGCAAGAAAGUUCUCGGCGGCAAAGAAGAAACCCUUUUUGGGUCCCCAGUCCAAAACUUUGGCAAAGUUUUGGUAUUUUUCCUUGGAGCCGGACCAAAGCGACCAACUUCUCUCUUUUUUUUUUUUCGCUUCUGAAAAAAAUCAAUUGCCUGGUCCAUCCUCUCCAUAUUUUGGAUUUUUUAAAACUUUUCCUUAUUUUUUUUUUUUUUAUCGCUCUCUUUCUCAUGUUGUGAGAAGAGGACGCAUUUGGCUGCAAGGAGCUGAGAUGGAAGGCAAACGACACACUGGUUCCAAGACUUUUGGGUUGGUUUUGUGUCUCGUACUAUUUUUGCUUUUAUGCACGCCUUUAAAGUGUGCCAAGCGACGCUGGAGACGGAAUCCGCACCUGAAGCCGGGAGAGAAAUACGACGACUACGAGUUCCCCCUCCACUCUCACGGGGCGCCCUACCAAAAGAACGACCGCUGCCCCCCUCCGCCGCAGACGCUGCCCGACCGCGCGUGCGAGGUGCCCAGCUGCCGCUCCGACUCCGAGUGCGAGAGGCACAAGCGCUGCUGCUACAACGGGUGCAUCUACGCCUGCUUGGAGUCGGUGCCGCCUCCUCCCGUCCUAGAUUGGCUGGUGCAGCCGAAACCGCGCUGGUUGGGAGGGAAUGGCUGGCUGCUGGAUGGACCGGAGGAGGUUUUGCAAGCGGAGGCCUGCAGCACCACCGAGGAUGGAGAUGAGCCGCUCCACUGUCCGACAGGAUACGAAUGCCACAUCAUCAACCCCGGCAACGCGGCAGAAGGCAUCCCCAAUCGGGGCCAGUGCAUCAAGUUGCGUGGAAACUCUGAUGGAUGGAAUCGCAGACCUAAACAUUACAAAGAGUAUUUUGGAGGCAGCUCCAACAACGUGGUGGGUUACGUGAAGCAGCAACAGAAGCACCUCGGCUAACUCUAUCCAGAUCUCAAGGCGGAUUCUCACAGCGAACCACUUGCAGAGUCGGAAGGCAUAGGUCACCUCCUCUAAGGCGUUCCUCUAAUUUAGCACAGCUCUUCUUGUUCCUCGUGGCUACAAAACUAGCCCAAGAACCCCCAUCAUUCCCAUCCCAUUAUCCACAACCUUUGUGCCUUGGAGAAGUUACUUCUUUGGACUCCCUGCUGCCUGAGAGGUUCCGGAGAUCAACCAAGUAACAUUCCCAAACUCUACCAUUGUUCUAGCCAUGGUACUUUCUGGUUUGCUGUGAGUUUUCCGGGCUGUAUGGCCAUGUUCCAGUAGAAUUCUCUCCUGACAUUUCGCCUGCAUCUGUGGCAAGCAUCCUCAGAGGUCUGUUGGAAGUGAGGCAAGUGUGUAUGUAUACAUGUUUGGGUGGAUGUUGUUGAUGUGGUCCAUGAACUUGUUGGGUUCUUCUUCUCCAUGGCUCCAAACAGUGAAUGGGAUGUUUGGAUAGAUGUUGUUGACAUGGUCCAUGAACUUGUUGAGUUAUUCUUCUCCAUGGCUCCAAACAGUGAAUGGGAUGUUCGGGUGGAUGUUGUUGAUGUGGUCCAUGCACUUGUUGAGUUAUUCUCCAUAGCUCCAAACAGUGAAUGGGAUGUUCCGGUGGAUGUUGUUGACGUGGUCCAUGAACUUGUUGAGUUCUUCUUCUCCAUGGCUCCAAACAGUGAAUGGGAUGUUCGGGUGGAUGUUGUUGAUGUGGAACAUGAACUUGUUGAGUUCUUCUUCUCUAUGGCUCCAAACAGUGAAUGGGAUGUUUGGGUGGAUGUUGUUGACGUGGUCCAUGAACUUGUUGAGCUCUUCUUCUCCAUGGCUCCAAACAGUGAAUGGGAUGUUUGGGUGGAUGUUGUUGGUGUGGUCCAUGAACUUGUUGAGUUCUUCUUCUCCAUGGCACCAAAUGGUGAAGGCGCCAUCCACAAUCAUGAGAAAAUGCUUCUGGAACAUGGCCAUUCAGCCCAAAAAACUCACAGCAACCCAGUGAUUCCAGCCAUGAUAGCCUUCGACAACACAACGGUACUUUCUCAACCUUCUUUAAAGAUGUCCUGGUGUCACUCUGGUGUGGGAAGAUGACCUCUGGGUUUCAGGCACUGAGUUCCUUCCAACCGCAUGGCUGCCGAUCCGGUUUAGGUGCCUCCUCUUUUCAUGUCAUUGUCACCCUCGUUGUACUUGUUGGAACUCAUAUGGGGAAACUGAGUCACAAAAGGGACACUGGACAGGCACAGGCAUGAUUGGUUAUAACUCCACAAGAGUCUUUGGAUUUUUGAUUUACAAAGUCAUCCUUUGGAGUGCUAUUAAAGUUGCUUCUUGGAGCAAUA